CCAUUCUCGUCUUGUAUCUGUACCACCGAAGCGCUCCUCAAUUUGCGAAUUCCGUGUUGUUCACCGCUGUCUGGCUGCUCUACGCCAUUCCGCGUUGGAGCAUCAUCCGGUUCUUCGACAGCAAGGAGGAAAACUACAUCGUCAGGCUUGACACGAACGUACGCCGGAUGCUCCUCGCCGACUUGCGAUGGUGCUACGUCGACAAUGCCAGGAUUCGAAAUAGGUAUCGACAUGCGCGAAAAUCCUUUGAACGAUGUACUAGCACCUUUUCCACGCGGCUGGACUCUCUUCGCAACGUCCUCCAUGUCUUUGCGGAUACCAUAAAGUGAUUCCGCCCGGUACAAAAUAAAGGACCUCCAUAGAAAGUCGCCCAUAGUAAGGUAUUGGAGGUUGAGCUUUGGUAUGGCCAGUGGCCGAGCCCCGUUAUAGGAUUCGUUACGGAGGAAGGUUGUCUCAUACAAAAUAUUCUCCGUGGGCAGAAUGGGCAUGUCGCGCACGACAUCCUUGAACAUCGGUUUGUACUCGACCAGUGCAAACAAAAUUUCUGUGUAGAAAGAUCGAUCUUGAACAAGGAAAGACGAUGCGGAGUACUCAGUCCUCAACCCCAUAGAAGAGCACAAUUGGAUGACUUCCUGGUCGUCCAGAGAUCGGAUGUGGUUCUCCAAUUCGCUUCUGUUUCCUACACUGCCGUAAUUGGCC